ACGAGGACUUGACAGCAACGCCAGCAGCAACAAUGGCCCCGAAAGCAAUCAUUGCCCCGUCGAUUCUCUCGGCAGACUUUGCCGACCUAGGCGCCGAAUGCUCGAGGACUAUUGAGCGGGGCGCCGACUGGCUCCAUGUCGAUAUCAUGGACGGCCACUUCGUCCCGAAUUUGACCUUCGGCCCGCCCGUGGUGGCCAAGAUCCGCUCCCACGUCGACAGGCCAGCCGAAGCCCACGGCAAGGGCACCUUUGACUGCCACAUGAUGAUCGCCGAGCCCAAGAAAUGGGUCAAGGAGUUCAAAUCGGCCGGCUGCGACCUGUACUGCUUCCACUACGAGGCCGCCAUCAACUCGACUGCCGCCGAGAGUCCCGACGCCAAAUCCGACCUCAAGACCUCCCCCCGCGACAUGAUUCGCUACAUCCACGAGCAGGGCAUGCUGGCCGGCAUCGCCAUCAAACCCGCCACGCCGGCCGACGUGCUGUACGAGGUGCUGGAUAGCCACGACAAAGCCGAGCGGCCGGAUAUGGUGCUGGUGAUGACGGUCGAGCCAGGGUUCGGCGGGCAAAAGUUCAUGGCGUCGGAGUUGCCGAAAGUGCAGGCGCUGCGGAAGAAGUACCCGGAUCUAAACAUCGAGGUGGACGGUGGGCUGGGGCCGGGGACGAUCGACCAGGCGGCGGAUGCCGGGGCAAAUGUGAUUGUUGCGGGGAGCGCUGUGUUUGGGGCCAAGGACCCGGCCGGGGUGAUUGCGCUGCUGCGGGAGGCGGUCGACAAGCGGAGCGGGAAGUUAUAGCGUCGGUGCAGUUGAGGAUGGUAACGGCAUGUGCGAGUUAGCAUGAGCGUAGAUCU